ACAGGCAGUCGCUGCUCAACCCCAGUGCUGGAAGGUAGCGGCCGUCGAACUUCCCCUCCGCUGGUCGCGACAUGGAUUCCUCCCUCGGUAACACUGGAAAGUAGUCCCGGAGUGUUUAGUGCUGGUCAAUAUGUACGAUCGCCGAGUGUAGCGGUGGCGGAGGGAACUGUGCCCGCGGUUGUUGCUUCUCUGCGGCAUGGACUAAGUGGGAAAAGUGUGCGGGUGUCUUGAAGUUUAGCGCACAGGACGGCAGCCGGCAAAUUGGCGUUCCCAGGACCUGCACCAACGGCUGAGGUUGCUGACCAGGAACAGACCAGAUAGGACCAGGAGACCUGCUUCCUCCUCCUCUCCCUCCGCAGCAGCUCCAUGAAGCAGCAUCUGGACCCGUGACACUUUUGAGGCCUCGCCUUUGAGAUUCAGAUGUGACGUCUCUGAAAUUUUCUCUGUCCGCCUCUUUUGCGAACUGUCUGAGGGUUGGAAUCCUCGUCAUCUUUCGACUUUUCCUGGGCGGGUUCUUUACGGACUCCCCUGUAGACGAGUGGAAAUCCUCGGCGUUACCUCAAAAUUCGGCGAGGGUUUGGCGCUACACCAGUCCGCUGCGUGUCGAUCACAAUCUUGCCUCGCACCCAAGUCGAAGUGAUCACUGCCUCGGCCUCUCCCUCUCCUGCCUCAGCCGCCGCCUUCAUUGCGUCAUCCGCUGGGUCCUCGCAGGAUCAAUAGUGUUACCGCUGUCACCAUGUCGCCCUCCACGUCAGGGAUCGGAGUGUCGUUGGGGACUGAGGACUUUGAUGUAGGUGUGGGUGGCCGCCAUGGACCAAGGGACCAACGGGGUGCGUGGCUCGAGGCGGCCGUCUGCUGCGAGGGCGUGGGAGGCGAGGGGCGCUGGGCGGCCAGCAGGAUGACUGUCAGAGAGAGAGGCGGAGACUUUGACGUAAAUAUGGUGCCAAAUGAUUCAGCAAAACCAAAAUUCUUUUCGCAACGUGACUGCCAGCUAACACACGGAUUUCAUAGUGAGCCUGUGGACGCAGCGAGCACUGCAGGUGGUGGCGGCGCUGGGAUGACUGGCGGCGGCCUUGCAGGCGAGUGUCUGGGCCACGCGGAGUGUAGGAAUGGCUCGGCAGACCCACAGAUCAACAUUUCAGCCGCAGCCACACAGGAACUCCCUUCCUCAUGGCAUGUGAAGACCCUCAUCACUCAGGGCCUAGUGGCGCCAUCAGUGGCUUCCAAGGACGACCCAAAGCCCAUCGUAUCUCGAACUGAACAAGAUCAAAGGACAAGGUCAACUGUCGCAAUGUCCCUGACUCGCCUGGGGCUCCCCGAGCCGCCCUCCGCCGGCCGCGCUAAGGCUCAGGUUUGCAAGACUUUUUCUGGAAACGUGGCGGCGAAUCCCUUGCUUGGCAUCUUUGGCACUACAACUCCAGGACGCUCGCCUCCCCCCGCUGGCCGCCUGACGUCGGCGGCGGCGGCGGCAGCCAGGACGCCCCCACGCCCCUGGGAGGUGCGGGUGCUGCUGCUGGCUCUGCUUCUCGCCGCCUCGGUCAACGGACGCUAUGACCGCGGGGGGCUGCAGCACACCAUCACGUGGGGCCGCGGGAACAGCCACAGUUCAGCAGUGUUCGGCAACGGCCCCACCAACGUGACAGCAGUGCUUGGCCACCGCGCGAGCCUUCCAUGCCAAGUGAAGAACCUGGGCCCUAAGGACGUGUCCUGGAUUCGCCAAAGGGACCUGCACAUUCUGACGGUGGGAAUAUUUACCUACACGAGCGACGACCGGUUCAAGGUGUUUCAUCCCGAGGAGACCGAGGACUGGUUCUUGGAGAUUAGUUCCGUCACCUUCCGAGACUCUGGCGUGUAUGAGUGCCAGGUGUCCACGAGUCCCAAGGUGUCGCUGCCCAUCCACCUCACCGUGCUGGCGGUGCAGCAAGCAGAGAUCCCGGGGCCUCAUGAAGUGUUUAUCCAGCACGGGUCGACCAUCAGCCUGCAGUGUGAGGUGCGCGCCGGAGUGGAGGCCGUGGGGCUGGUUCGCUGGUACCACGGAGACAAGCCCCUCAACUACAGCUCACCGCGGGGAGGCAUCAGCAUGGAGGUGGAGAAGACCCCCACGAUGACCACCUCGAAGCUGUACAUCACGAGGGCGGUGAAGGCAGACACUGGAAAUUACACCUGCGCUCCGAAGUUCUCUUGCCCAGAUUCCGUUUUCGUUCACGUCGUUAAUGCGGGCGAGGAGUCGGCUGCCGCGGUGCAGAGUGGGUCACGGGGCGUGCGGGCGGGCGUGGGCGUGCUGUGGGUGUGUAUGCUGGUGGCCGCCGCCCUCACACCCACGCCUCUCAUCGCUCCUCGUCGUCGUCGUCUCUGAGUGUACGGUGGUGUUCCUUGUAUACAGCUUGGUGUUCCCGCCUCGUUCCCCCCUCACCAGUCCCUCCCUCCCACCCAGUUCCCCCUCCCCUCCUUGGCCCCGUACCCGUCUGCCCCGCCCCGUCAGCCCCGUCUGCCCCGCCUACGUCAGUUUAGCGUGCCUUAAUAUUUUUGUAGGUGUUCCCUGAGUCUCUGUCUAAUAAAGUAUAUAUCUAUAUUUGGAGAA